AUCAUGCAAGAUGGUUCUAGACAAGCAAAACAAGGUAUAAACAUUGCAACUAAUAGUUUUACUUUUAAAGAAUGUACUUUUUUAUGUGAUAUAUUAAAAGAUAAAUAUAAUCUUAAAUGUACUGUUGUAAAAACAGGGUAUCCAGAUCAAUGA